UACAAGAAGCGUCGCAUGGUGCGAUUACUUUACGCAGUGAGCCAUACGACGAAUGAAUUGGAGAUCAUUUGGUAGUAUUCGAAAGCAUGGCAACUGCUUUGAGACUGAGGCUUGCACUUAAAUUAGGAAGAUCUCUUUCAAGACCGCUCAGUCGGAAUUUUGAAAGAGAUUAUUUAGAAAGACAAUGUCGAAGACUUUCAGCAAAUUGCUCAAUAAGAUGUUUUUCUUCACAAACUGCAACUCAAACCACAGAACAGCACAAUAUCAUAAAGGAUACAGAGAAACCUACAGGAGAAACUGUAAAACAUGAAUUUAAAUCUGAAACACAAAUGCUCUUACAAAUUGUUGCUAAGUCUUUAUAUUCAGAGAAAGAGGUAUUCAUUCGUGAAUUGAUCUCCAAUGCUAGUGAUGCUAUUGAGAAACUAAGAUAUGUCAGGUUGAGUGACAAUGAGGCAUCUGAGACUGCUGGUAAUAGAAAUUUAGAAAUUCACAUUGCCACUGAUAAACAGAAUAGAACCCUCACAAUUCAGGACACAGGAAUUGGCAUGACUCGUGAAGAGCUAAUAUCACAUUUAGGAACUAUAGCCAGAUCUGGUUCUAAAGCGUUCCUAGAGAAAUUAAAGGAAUCCCAAAAUGCCAGUGAUACAUCUCAAAUUAUUGGUCAAUUUGGGGUUGGUUUCUACAGUGUUUUCAUGGUUGCUGAUAAAGUAGAAUUAUUUACAAAAUCCUUUAAAAAAGAUUCUGAAGGUUUAUGUUGGACCUCUGAUGGUUCAGGUACUUUUGAAAUCUCAACAGCUGAUGGAGUUCAGCCGGGAACAAAAAUUGUAAUCCAUAUGAAAGUUGAUUCUCGUGAAUUUAGCGACGAAACUACAAUUAAUAGUAUCAUUAAGAAAUAUAGUAACUUCGUCAGUAUUCCUAUUUAUGUUAAUGGCACGAGAGUUAACACAAUUCAGCCGCUUUGGAUGCUUGAUCCAAAAGACAUUACGCAGCUUCAGCACGCCGAAUUCUAUAGAUUUAUUGGGAACUGUUUCGACUCUCCGCGAUUCUUAUUACAUUACACUACUGAUGUUCCUUUGAGUAUUAGAGCAUUAUUGUAUUUCUCUGAGGAAAAACCAGGAUUAUUUGACUUGGCUAGGGACACAAAUAGCGGUGUCUCUUUAUACAGUCGAAAAAUUUUAAUUAAAAGCAAAGCAGAAAAUAUUUUACCGAAAUGGCUACGUUUCGUUAAAGGUGUCGUAGAUUCCGAAGACAUUCCGCUUAAUCUAAGCCGGGAAUUAUUGCAGAACAGUGCUUUAAUUGGAAAAUUGAGGAGUGUUUUAACAUUGCGCAUUCUGAAAUUUUUGAACGAACGAUCUCAGAAAGAGGCUGAGUCAUAUAAUGAAUUCUAUAAAGACUAUGGUAUUUUCUUGAAGGAAGGUAUUGUCAGCAGUCAAGAUCAGAGAGAGAAGGAAACAAUAGCGUCACUUUUAAGAUUCGAGUCAUCUGCAAAGCCACCUAAAGAAUUAGUUAGCAUAGAUGAUUAUUGCAAAUGUAUACCGGCAGAUCAAACGACCAUAUAUUAUUUAUCAGCGCCCAGUCGAACUCUAGCCGAGCAGUCGCCGUAUUAUGAAUCCUUGAAGAAACGUAAUGUGGAAGUAUUAUUUUGUUACGAACCGUACGACGAGCUAGUUCUAAUGCAAUUACGAAAUUACAAAACCUAUUCUCUGAGUUCUGUUGAAAAAGAAAUGCGCGACGACACGAAUAAAUCUAACGAUCUCAAUCUAAUCAAUCAGGAAGAAAUCAACAAUCUCAUAGCUUAUAUGAGAAACGUUUUACCGAAAAAGGCAUACGACAUUAAAACGACUACACGUCUUGAAUCGCAUCCCUGUGUUGUGACGGUGACAGACAUGACGGCUGCUAGGCAUUUUGUCCGGACGCAGACUCACCAAAUGGAUGAAGAGCUGCGGUACUCUGUCCUCCAACCACGCUUGGAAAUUAAUCCUAAUCAUCCUAUCAUUAAAAAGCUGUGCCAGUUGAUAAAGACAGAUACCAAGCUGGCAGAUCUUCUCAUUCAACAGCUGUUUAUGAGCAGCAUGGUUGGUGCCGGUUUAAUCGAAGAUCCCCGAAUAUUGUUAACGCCAAUGAACGAGCUGUUAACUUUAGCACUAGAGAAACAUUAGUUUAUACUUAGUUUAAGAUGUUACCAAUGCAACCAAUUAGUUGUAAUUAUUUUCUAUAAAAGUGUCUCCCGAAUAAAACGACUGUUUU